UUUUAAACCAGGUACCUGCAGCGUGGACUUUUUGCUGAAUUUCAGAUCCGCCAAAGCAAAAAGGCAAAGAGAACAGAGGAAGAAAAGAAAAGAAGGAAAGCUUUUUCAUGCUAAUCGCUCACUUAUAACUGUAACGAGUUUCUUCGUCUGAUGGCUGAUAAUGGUUCCCGCCACCCCUCGCCGCCGGUUUCUUCUUCUCCUCCUCCUCCUCCUCCUACGUCAUCGUCCAAUUCCUUUGCUGCUUCUUCUGCCCGCCCUACCACCAUCUCUCUUCCGCCUCGCUCCUUCAAUGAAACGCUCUUCACGUCUGGCCUCGGUGUGGGCUUCAGCCCGGGCCCUAUGACUCUCGUCUCUAGUUUCUUCUCCGAUUCCGAUGAUUUUAAAUCUUUCUCCCAGCUUCUCGCCGGCGCCAUGGUCUCUCCCGCUGCCAAUAGCAACAACAAACCUCCCUUUCCUCCUCUUCCUCCGGAGGAUAAAAGUAAAACCUCCGUUGCUGACGUCAGCAGGCCGACUAGUUUGUCCAUCUCUCCGCCGUCGCCGAUGUUCACUGUGCCCCCGGGGCUGAGUCCGAUGGCUCUUCUUGAUUCACCAGCUUUCGGGCUCUUAUCUCCUCAGGGACACAUUGGAAUGACUCACCAGCAGGCUCUAGCUCAGGUUACUGCCCAGGCUGCACAAGCCCAUUCUAAUAUGCACAUUCAAGCACACUAUUCAUCUUCUUUACCAUCAGCACCGGAAACAUCUUCAACACAGUUUUCAUCUGUCACAACUAAUUCAACUACUGACCAGAAGAUGCUAUCCUCAAUCCCAGAUCCUAGUGCUUCCAUUAAUGAAUCUUCAGACUUCUCUCAUUCUGAUCAAAGAUCCCAAGCUUCUUCACUUGUUGUUGAUAAACCUACUGAUGAUGGCUACAAUUGGCGAAAAUAUGGGCAGAAACAGGUGAAAGGCAGUGAAUUUCCACGAAGUUAUUAUAAAUGUACACAUCCCAAUUGUCCUGUCAAGAAAAAGGUUGAGCGAUCUCUUGAUGGUCAAGUAACUGAAAUUAUCUACAAGGGGCAGCACAACCAUCAAGCUCCCCAACCCAAUAAACGUGCAAAGGGUGCUGGAAGCUUGAAUGGAAAUUCAAAUAAUCAGAAUAAUUUUGAACUAGCUUCUCAAUUUCAAAGUGGAAAUGUGAACAAAUUAAAAGAUAGAAAAGAUCAGGAAUCAAGCCAGGCCACACAUGAACUUUUAUCUGGGGCAAGCGACAGCGAGGAAGAUGGUGAUGCUGAAAAUGGUGUAGAUGGAAAUGAUGAAGAUGAACCUGAUCCCAAGAGAAGAAAUACAGAAGUCAAGGUAACAGAUCCAGCUUCUUCACAUAGGACUGUCACAGAAUCUAGAAUCAUUGUGCAGACUACCAGUGAAGUUGAUCUUUUGGAUGAUGGCUAUAGAUGGCGCAAGUAUGGGCAGAAAGUUGUCAAAGGCAAUCCUUAUCCAAGGAGCUACUAUAAAUGCACAACCGCAGGCUGCAAAGUCCGUAAACAUAUUGAGAGAGCUGCAACAGACCCAAGAGCAGUUAUAACAACUUAUGAAGGCAAACAUAAUCAUGAUGUUCCUGCUACUAAAGGGAGUAGCCACAGCACAGCCAAUAGUAAGUCAUCGGAGCUGAAACAAAAUAAUGUAGAGAAGCUUGCCUUAGAUAACAGGAGAGACCUUGGCACCAAUAAUCAACAACCUAUAGCACGACUUUGUUUAAAAGAAGAGCAGAUAACAUAAUUUCCCUCAUGAAAAAGCAGGAGAAUAUGGGCGCUGUAAGAUAUCUUUGCUGAAAUCUAUUUUUCAUGCUUUUCAAGGCCAUUGGUUUGAUCAAGGUCCAUGGCACCAACUACCAUAUUCACAAGAAAAGAAGAUAAAGAGAAGUCAAUCGGGGGAUAACUUUCAUGGAUUGAGUUAGUUAGAAGACAUAUUGUUGUAUGUAAACAAGUUAGCAGGUAAUUUUUAUUGAAAUCCUGUUCUGUGCAUUCUUUUGUACAUUAUCUGGAAGUAAGGUUGCGCAUAGUUGUUCACAAUUGUUUUAUUUGAAUUUAUUGCAGAUAUUUUUCUAGUCUUA